CGUCAGUGACCUGCUAGCUGUAGCCGGUGUGCUUUACGUCAGUGACCUGCUAGCUGUAGCCGGUGUGCUUUACGUCAGUGACCUGCUAGCUGUAGCCGGUGUGCUUUACGUCAGUGACCUGAUACGUAUUCAGUAUACUAGCACCAUGGCCAGUCCACUUUCAGUGCAUUGUGUCGCCUCUCUGAGGAUAUCCGGAAUUAAUUUAAGAACUGCUGCUCUGGGCAUCAAUAAGCGAAACUACAGCAGCAAAAAGGAGUUUUCAACCGAGUAUUUGAGCCAAAGUGUUGUGCCAUCGAUGCAUUACCAGAAGAGUUUACCCAGACUACCCAUACCAAAGCUGGAGGAUACUGUCAGGAGGUAUUUAGCAGCCCAGAGGCCUCUGUUGGAUGAUGAACAGUUCAGAACAACAGAGAAAAUUGCACAUGAUUUCCAGAACGGUGUGGGGAAACAGCUGCAGGAGGAACUGGUAGCUCAGGACAACAACAAUACACACACAAGCUACAUCUCAGGACCAUGGUUUGACAUGUAUCUGUCUGCUCGCGACUCUGUGGUGCUGAACUUCAACCCCUUCAUGUCCUUCAAUCCUGACCUCAAGACCGAGUACAAUGACCAGCUUGUGCGGGCGACCAAUGUGGUGUGUUCAGCAGUGCGCUUCAUGAAAACACUCCGAGCUGGGUUACUGGAGCCAGAGGUUUUCCACCUCAACCCGGCAAAGAGUGACACAGACGGGUUCAAAAGGUUCAUCCGCUGGGUCCCGUCUUCCCUGUCUUGGUAUGGAGCUUACAUGGUGAAUGCUUACCCCCUGGACAUGUCUCAGUACUUUCGCCUCUUCAACUCAACUCGGAUCCCCAAGAGGGGUAGAGAUGAGCUCUUCACAGCCGAGAAAGCGCGACAUCUCCUAGUGAUGAGGAAAGGCCACAUGUAUGUGUUUGACAUUGUAGACAGGGAUGGGAAUUUGGUGAAGCCUGCUGAGAUUCAGUCCCACUUGAAGUUCAUUUUGUGCGACCCAACGCCAGCAGCUGCCUUUCCUCUCGGGGUCCUGACCAGUGAGAACAGGGAUGUGUGGGCCGGACUGAGGGACAAGCUGAUAGCUGCUGGAAACGCAGAAGAUUUACGGAUUGUUGACAGUGCGCUUUUCUGUCUCAGUCUGGACGAUGAAAGCAUGAGGGACCACCUCCACAUCUCCCACAACAUGCUGCACGGCGACGGCUGUAACCGGUGGUGGGAUAAGUCCUUCACAGUCAUUCUGACCAAAGAUGGACAGGCAGCCAUCAAUUUUGAGCACUCCUGGGGAGACGGCGUCGCUGUACUUCGCUUUCAAAAUGAGAUCUUCAAAGACACGACGGAGCAGCCGCUGGUACACCCGGGCUCCGCUGCUGCUGCUGUGGAUUCAGCCUCUGCUGUGCGCAGACUGCAGUUCCACCUGGACAGUGAGCUGGAGAAUGGCAUCAAUAAAGCCAAGGAGAACUUUGACUCAAUUGUAUCAACACUCACCAUUGAUGCCUUGGAGUUCAAGAAAGGUGGCAAGGCACAGUUAAAGAAGAGCAAGUUGAGUCCAGAUGCUAUAGCACAGCUGGCUUUUCAAAUGGGUUUCCUGAGGCAGUAUGGACAGACAGUAGCCACAUAUGAGUCCUGUAGCACUGCAGCAUUCAGGCAUGGCCGAACAGAGACCAUCCGGCCAGCCACCAUACACACAAAACAAUGUUCACACGCCUUUGUUUACCAGCCAGGACAACACAGUGUGGAGCAACUACAGGCCAUGCUGAGUGAAUGCUCUAAAUAUCAUGGGCAACUCACCAAAGAAGCAGCUAUGGGACAAGGUUUUGACCGUCACCUGUUUGCCCUGCGAUAUCUAGCAAAUUCAAAGAGUGAGGCUCUGCACAGCUUGUACACAGACCCAGCUUACACUGCCAUCAACCACAACAUCCUCUCCACCAGUACCCUCACCAGUCCGGCUGUGAAUCUUGGUGGCUUUGCCCCAGUGGUGUCUGAUGGCUUUGGUGUUGGCUAUGGUGUCCAUGACGACUGGAUCGGCUGCAAUGUGUCCAGCUACCCGGCUCGCAAUGUCCAUGAAUUCCUGCAGUGUGUCCACAAGUCCUUAGAGGACAUUUUCACUGUCCUGGAAGGAAAGACACUCACCUAAGAAACAAGUGAUUCUCUUCAAAAAAAAUUGAUUAUUUGGAACAGUGGUGAGUGAUUAACUUCUCUGGGCAACAACUUCAGAAAGUGAAUAUGAAUAUUUAAUGCACCACAAGGAGAAUCACAAUGUUUAUAUAUGUAUUUGUUUAAAUUCAUUGGAUGUUUGAUACUUUAAUUGUGUUCUUUAAGGGGUUUUGAUGCAACUAUAUGUAUGAAACAAUGGAUCUUGUCAGUCUAUCAAAAUUGAUGUAUAAAUAAAAAAUGAUAGUGUCAACCUUCAACUGCAGACAAGUCAUGAGAUUCAUUGUAUAAUAAAAAAACAAGUUGAACCUCAAAAAGUUGAACCUCAAAAACUGUCCACCUAAACGGAUUCAAUCAUCUGGCUUUGUAAGAAUUCAGUCUGUUCAGUCAGCCUCGUACUUUAGCCUGAAUUAUAUUGUUAGCUGUAUUUUUUUGUGUUUUAGGGUGACAUUAUACAGUGACAGGUGACAAGAUUCAGAGUGCUGAUAUUAUAAAUUAUGCAGCAGGGCUUAAUAGAUGUAGAACUUCUCUGUAAUACAGAUUAGUGUAUGAAGUCAGCUUCUGUGCCUUUUAUGAAAAUGUGAAUUGAACAGCCAUUUGCUGAUUUUCACUGUAAUAAUUACUUAUUAAUGUAUAUGAAUGUAUUUUGAAAUAAAAAUGUAAUGACAAUA